UUUGCUUGCCCUGCCGGCUAAUGAGGAUCCCUUGGAACGACAAAAGAUCGAGUUCCUCUACGAAUGGGGGAUCGAUUUAACGACAACGCCAAAACCAAUGCCAACACCAAUACCAUUAACAAAAGCUAAAAAUCCACCGCCACUGCCACUCAACAUUAAAUCCAUCAACCAUACAUCGCAACACCAUCAACAUCAGCAUCAUCAGCAGCAUCAGUCACCAGCGUCGGCGAUGACGGCGCCGACACAACGCACAUCGGUGACAGCCCAUCAGCAACACGUUGACGCGACAACAACACCAACAGCAACAGCAACAAGAACACACACACAUGUGCCACAAAUCACACAACAAGCGUCAAUGGGAGCGACGACACAGGCGACGAGCGCCAAGCACACAAGGAGCCCAACACAACAACAACAACAACAACAACACCAACCGCACCAAUUACACCACCAACGUACAACGCCAACAUCAGCCACAACAACACCAACAAAAAGCAGCACACAACACCAGCAACCGCAACCACAACAUAAAAGACUGACACCAGCUGAAUAUGCGCGAGCGGGCGGCGCCAUAACAACAACAACAACAACGCCAACAACAUCAGCGCCGACGUCGCGGGAACACACACCAACACGCAGCUCACAAUCACAUCAUCAACUACAGCGACAAGCAUCAACCACACAACGCCAUCAGCAACAGCAACAACAACAACAACAAAAAUCACAACAUUCACAACACGAACAGAGGCGCGAACUCGAUCGCAAGGGCUCGCAACGUGAACGUGAUCGCACGAAAGAGCGCGAACACGAACGUCAGCGGGGCGCUGUGCGCGAAGAUGAACGCGAGCGUGAACGUGAGCGAGCACGCGCAUUGGAACAUGAACGCGAGCGUGACUAUGCUUAUGAGCGUUCGCGAGAUUAUCAGCGCGAGCGCGAACUAGAGUAUGCACGUGAGCGAGAGUAUGCAGCACGCGAACGCGAAUAUGAGCGUGAGCACUCACAUGGCGCACGCCACAGCGAUUAUGCACGCGAGCGAGAGCGCGACUCCGAACUUCGUGAACACCCACCGCCGCCGCUGCCAUCAGCAUCCGCAUCAUCAGCGCACUCACAUCUAAUACAACACCCACACCACCGCCAACAACACGAACACCACGAACAACCACAUUACAAUAAAACAAAUUAUAAUUCCGUUUACCAGUAAAAAAAUUUUACGAAAUACGAAUUUGAGAAAUUUUUGCUAACGAAAUUUACCACCAACUACAUACAAUGAAAACAACAACAAAUGCUUGAAAUAUUAAAUAUCUGACGCUCAAUAGCAACAACAACAAUAGCAACAUGGUACAAAACACACUCAGCAUGAAUAGAAUUUUGCUCACAUUUUGAUAACGUGAAAACAUAAGCAAAACAGAUGGAUAUAGAAAAUGCAUGAAAUUCGAAGAAAAGAGCAAAUUAUAUUUGAAUUGUGCAAUUGUGUAACUAUCCCGCGCAAAUAAUAGAAAACACUUAGCAAACGCCCGAAAGCAAUAGCCCAAAUAAGUACUCCCACUCUAGCAAGAACAACAAUUCCCUGCAUAGCGCCGCCGUUCGUUUCACUUCAAUGCUCCUCACAUUCUAUUGCCGCCGCUUUAAAGUUUUAUGCCUUACGCUCUCAUAGAAUCGCUUAAAAUUUCAAUCCCUCAUAGAAA